AUGGUGUUCUUCACCGUCAUCAUACUGGCCGUCCUUAUUGGGCUGGGCUAUCAUUUCAACAACCGGCUUGGUGAAUGGCAGCAGCUUCGCCAUAUCCCCGGCCCCUUUUGGGCUCGUUUUACGCACCUCUGGAUCAUAAGGCACAUUCUUCGAGGGAGGUACAUUGACAAGAUGCUUGAGCUGCAUGUACAGUACGGUCCAGUUGUCGUCUUGGCGCCCGACGUCGUGUCCGUCAGCGACCCAGCCGAAAUCAAGAAUAUCGGCAAGGUUCGCUCUGCUUGGGGCCGAGCCAAGGGUUACCAAGCUCUGCGAUUUGCCCCUGGUCCAGCCGGGGAUUCGAUCCUCAGCAUGCGGGAUGACAAGGCGCACGCUCGGAUGCGAGCCAAGCUGAUGCCGGGAUAUGCUGGCAAAACUGUGGAAGGAGUCGAACAAAUGGUGGAUAGACAUGUUUUGCAGCUUGCCAACAUCAUCGACACCAAGUAUAUCACAACGCCGGGGGCCUACAAACCCAUCGACUUCUCCCAGCUGGCGCAGUACUUUACUAUUGAUAUCAUCACGUCGUUCGCCUUCCAGGAGUCCUUCAAAUGUCUCGAGCGAAACGCCGAUUUUCACGGCUAUCUCGAUGCAGUCAGCAAGGCAGUUGCACCGCUCUUGUCUUUUGCUUAUCUCCCGGCAUACCAAAAGUUGAUGAGUACGCCUGCGCUUGGCGCAAUCUUCCCGGAAGGUGGCUUUUUCCCAAAGGUUUUUGAAAUGGCUCGUCGUCAAGUAGGCCAGCGAUAUGGCCAAGAGGCCUACAAGCUAAAGGAGAAUAACGACGUACUCGGAACCUGGGUAUCGGCUGGCUUGGAACAGAAGGAACUUGAAAAUGAGACGGUUGCCCAGCUGACUGCCGGCGGCGAAACGACUAGUACCGGCAUCCGAGCUGUAUUGCUUUACCUUAUUACGUCGCCGCGUGCGUAUCGGGCUCUGCAGCGAGAGAUUGACGAAUCUCUGAAAUCAGAGCGUGUUAGAUCAAGCCCGCUAUCCAAGGAAGAGGCUACGAAGCUUCCGUAUCUCCAGGCUGUCAUGAAGGAAGGCCUGCGCCUGAUAGCACCAGCUGCUUUUUUCCCCAAGAGUAGUACGAAGGAUGAGACUAUUUGCGGAUACAAGAUCCCAGCAGGUGUCAGUGUAGAGCCGGCAUACAAACCUGCGCUACGCGCCAAGGACAUUUUCGGCGAGGAUGCUUCCUUCUUCAGACCUGAGCGGUGGAUCGAAGCCACAGAGGAACAACUCGCGAUGAUGGAUGAAACCUUUCGGUUUGUAUUUGGAGGACCCAGCAAGUGGGAAUGCCUGGGAAAGGAUUUGGCCUUUAUGCAAAUGCACAAGAUCAUCUUUGAGUUAUUCAGAAAAUUCGAUGUCACCCUCGUGGAUCCAGCGACGCCAUGGAAGGCCGCAAGCACGCGCAUCUGGGGCAUAGAAGAUUUCAACGUCCAAUUCACUAGAAGGGAACAAGCACAGUAA